GCGCGAUCUCACUGAUUGCCUUACAAAUGAGAGGCGUCCUUUAGCGGCAACAUUGUACGAGUGGGCGGCUAUGCUUCUUCAAGCUGCGCACAGGUGUCAAUUGUUGCUGCGGAAGGAGAGCAGGGAAACCUUUACGCAACCUGUGCAUCGAGAUGAGACACUUGAACGUUCGAAAUAUUGGAGUCUGCGAAGAUUAUACUGUUUUGCUCGGAGCGGCUUGAGCUGGAAACCAAGAACGCGAAUUGAAUGCAGAGUUGAGGUGGGGAAUGAGGAUGCGACAGUCGCGCCACCCUCGGCGGUGGGCGUCACGUGCGGUCCUGUGGUACGGUGCUCUUCUCCUUUACACGAACCCCUCCCUGCAUCAAGCAACGCCACCAAACACCAAGGGGCACUGCAGCAGUGAUCGGACAAGAAGAACGCUCGAGGCGUGUCGUGAUGCGUGCGUGUACGUGAAAGAUAGAAAGAUGCAUUGAUGGAGAGAUAAUAAUGCAGCAAAAUGGCGAAAUAUGCCUCCUGCUACUGCUGCUCCCGCAACCGCCUCUAUUAUUUCCACGCCCACAUAGCGCGUAUGGGGUUCCCGUCCUGGUUCUUCAUCCCCCCACCCUUGCCGUCAUCUCUCUUCACUCUCCCUAACUCCUCAUUUAGGUUCCUUGAUCUCGAGGCCUUUUGAGUGCUCGGCGAUCCGUUUGAGCUGUUGGAUAUGGAGGAGCCGGUACCCCGCGCGCCUCAGCCGGCUGCGGCUGUGGUGGUGGCGCCCAGGCCCAAGUCGCCGCCCAAGUACCCCGACGUCUGCGGCCGCCGGAGGCUGCAGCUCGAGUUGCACAUCUUGAACCGCGAGAUCGGUUUCAUCGAGGAGGAGUUGCAAUCGCUCGAGGGAAUUCAACCUGUUUCCAGAUGCUGCAAGGAGGUAAACGAAUUUGUGGAGAUGAAACCAGAUCCACUAAUGCCUAUAAAUAAACGGAGGCACAAAUCGUGUUGCUUGUGGAGAUGGCUACGGUCAAAGCUGUGCUUGGACUUCUCAUGGAUUUGCUGCUUAAGCUGGUACAUCCUCGGGCUUGAAAGAUCAAACUGUUCUUGUCCACAAAACUGUAGCUGUUGCGACUAUGGGUGUCCCUGCUCUGAGUGCUGCGAGGGUCUUACCAGUCGACCAUGCUGCUGUUGUUCAGGGAUUCCUUGCAGUUGCUCAAAGUUUCCUUGUAGUAGCAUUAAAACAUGUUUCAGCUGCUUGAAAGUUCCUUGCAGUUGUGGAGAAACAUGCUGCAGCUGCUCAAAAGUAUCGUGCAACUGCAGCAAAGCAUGCUGCAGUUGCUCAAGCUUGUCAUGCUGCAGACCUCAGUGCAGUUGCUGGAAUGCUUCCUCCUCCAGUCCUGGCUGCUGCAAGUGGUGGUCUUCCCGCUUCAAACCACGGUGUUCCAGUUCAUGUUGUGAUCAGCCAUCAUGCUCCGAUUCAUGUUGCAGCCAACCACUGUGCGGUAGCAGGAGGCCUUCUUGCUGUCCUCAACAAUGGUGCUGUGGCUGCUGUAGACCACAAUGGUGCUGUGCCGGAAGACCUCCAUGCUUCGGAUCAUGCUGUUUCCGAGAUCGGUGCUGUAGUCUGAGACCUUCACGCCCCACAACCUGCUGCCGUCUUCCAAACCUCUCCUGUCCUCAAUGCUCCUGUGGCUGUUCCUGGUCUUGCUCCAAGUCUACAGGAGGAUGUCUAUAUUAAGAUCAUAACACAAAGUUGUAUUCCUUAUACUGUGGAUGAAUCAAUGCAUAAUGUUGAGACAUUGUGAUCAAUAAAUGCAUUAGUCCCUCCUGCCUUUCAUUUGGAUUCACCCAAACAGUUGUUCUUCAGGGAGUAGUAAUUUACAUUUCUUUUAGAACUCC